UGUGUUUGCCUGUAGAAAAUUAACAUUUUCAAUUCUAGUUUCGGAUGCGAUAUAUCUCGAGGCUAACAGCUAGUCGAGCAGAACGUCGGCGAUGUUACUUUCAAGCCGGCUAACGAGGUGUCUGGCUCUUCCACCGGCCACCACAACCACCGUUCUUCACGAUAUCGCUUCAAAUCAAGCCAAAAGUGUUGCAAAGGUUAUUCUAAAAAAGGGGAAAACACAGCUGUUUCGUGAUGGAAGUCCGAUGGUUUACAGUGGUGCGGUUGAUAGUAUUAUUGGUAGACCGCCGCCGAAAACAGGUGAUGUUGUGCUGGUAGCUGAUGGGGCACAGAAGCCAAUAGGUUGGGGAUUGUAUAAUUCUUCCUCUAUGUUUUGUGUUAGACUCAUGCAGCUAGAGCAGGAAGUGUCAGGAGAUCCUUCUUGUGCAUUGAAUGUGGAGAAGCUUCUGGAAACACGAAUCGACGCAGCUGUUAAUCUACGCAAGAACUUGGGGCUUCCGUCCGCCACUACAAAUGCUUACCGUCUUGUAAAUAGUGAAGGAGAUAGACUGUCGGGCCUUAUAAUUGAUGUCUUUGGGGAUAUAGCUGUGAUCGCCUCGUCGGCUGCUUGGGUUGAGAAGUAUAAGGAACAUAUUAAGAAGUGCAUUAGUGGACUUGGUGUGAUUAACAGUGUUGUUUGGAGGCCAUCAACGGAUAUAUUGAAAGAAGAAGGAUUGGAUCUGACUGAUCUUGAUCAAGAAGUAUCCGGAUCUACUGAUAGGGUGAAGGUUGUGGAGAAUGGGAUAUCCUAUAUGAUAUCAUUGGAUGGACAAAAGACAGGAUUCUAUGCUGACCAACGUGAAAACCGUCGAUUUAUAUCUACCAUCUGUGAUGGUCAAAAGGUACUUGACAUGUGCUGCUAUACUGGUGGUUUUGCACUAAAUGCUGCUUGCGGUCAUGCUUUGGAUGUCACUGGCGUUGAUUCGUCAUCCCCUGCUUUGGAACUAGCUAACCAGAAUAUUGUUCUUAACAAUCUGGAUCCAAAGAGAAUAUCGUUCCUGAAACAAGAUGCAACUAGUUUCAUGAAGAAUGCUGCUUCUAGAAAUGAAGCAUGGGAUAUAGUAAUACUGGAUCCCCCUAAACUAGCACCUCGAAGGAAGGUUCUACAAAGUGCAAGUGGAAUGUAUAGGAACUUAAACUCACUGGCCAUGCGGUUAACAAAACCAGGUGGGUUUCUGAUGACUUGCUCGUGUUCAGGUGCAAUGACUCAAAGUGGGCAGUUCUUGCCCGUUCUUCAGGGUGCUGCUUCAAUGGCUGGUAGGAAGAUAACAUUGGUACGCCAGACUGGUGCAGCCUGUGACCAUCCUAUUGACCCAUCUUAUCCUGAAGGGGCCUACCUUACCAACAUUUUGUUGAGAGUAGCUUGAAACUUUGAACAUUGUAUUGUCGGCAAGUAUCAGUUUUGCAGGAUCGCUUAUUGUUUUUUUGGUAGAGUAUGUGCCAUCAUUAGGGGUUAGGCCUAAUUAGCAUAGCCCAUUAGGAUUAGUAGAUUGUAACAUACUAUCAAUCUCAACAAAACUAGUUUACCUUCACAGUUUUAUA